AAUUAUGCUUUAAAGAAAUAAGUCGAGGCUUUUUCAGUUUGUUAGUUAAACCCCUCGUACAUAUCUCGACAUCAACUACUCGUGCUGAUUGUGUCAGUCGAACAGUGGCUGUCUCUUAGAUGAACCAACAAACAUUGGGGGAGAGCCUUCAACACUUUCGCCACAUCUUGAAAACAUGCAUAGCCCAGAAAAACCUCUUUACAGGCAAAUCUCUGCAUACCCUUUACAUCAAAUCACUCAUUCCACAAUCUACUUACUUCUCCAACCAUUUCAUCCUUCUCUACUCCAAAUGUGGCCUUCUCACCACUGCUCGCAAGGCUUUCGAGGCCAUCCUUGAACCCAAUGUCUUCUCUUUCAACGCCAUUCUUAAUGCCUAUGCUAAAGGAGGUCAGCCGCACCUUGCCCUCCAGCUGUUUGAUAAUAUUCCUGAACCGGAUAUUGUUUCUUAUAACACACUUAUAUCUGCCUAUGCUGAUCUUGGUUACACCUUGCCUGCGAUUCGACUGUUUCUCGAGUUGAAGGAUACGGGUCUUGCGAUGGAUGGGUUUACACUUUCUGCUGCUAUUACUGCUGCUAACGACAAUCUUGAUUUCAUUACUCAGCUUCAUUCGUUGUCGAUAUCAGCUGGGUUUAAUUCGUAUGCGUCUGUUAAUAAUACUCUUAUCACGUAUUAUAGCAAAAACGGGCUUCUUGAUUAUGCCCAAGCGAUUUUCGCGUCAAUGGGUGAGAUAAAAGAUGAAGUUUCUUGGAACUCGAUGAUUGUUGCUUAUGGGCAGCAUAGGGAAGGGACAAAGGCGUUAGCUUUGUAUAAAGAAAUGGAAUUUAGGGACUUAAAUUUAGAUAUGUUUACUCUGGCAAGUGUAUUGACAGCGCUAACGUCCAUGGAAGACUUGCGUGGUGGGCUUCAAUUUCAUGCCCAGUUAAUCAAAAUGGGGUUUCAAGAAAAUCCACAUGUUGGAAGUGGGCUGAUUGAUUUGUACUCAAAAUGUAGUGGUGGUAUUUCAGAUUGCGAACAAGUGUUUCAGGAAAUUCCUUAUCCUGACUUGGUUCUUUGGAACACAAUGAUUUCUGGAUAUUCGCAAGCUGAAUUUUAUGAGGAAGCUGUUGCUUGUUUCAGACAAAUGCAGUUUGCUGGCCAUCAGCCUGAUGAUUGCAGCUUUGUUUGUGUGAUUAGUGCAUCUUCUAACUUGUCAUCGCCCUCGCAAGGGAAACAGAUUCACUCUUUGGCAAUCAAAUCUAGCAUUCCGUCCAAUCGAAUCUCAGUGAAUAAUGCUCUCAUUGCAAUGUAUUCUAAAUGUGGAAAUCUGCAAGAUGCAAGACUACUUUUCGAUAGAAUGCUUGAGCAUAAUGCUGUCACUUUAAAUUCUAUGAUAGCAGGCUAUGCUCAGCAUGGGCAUGGAGCAGAGGCGCUGUUACUAUUUGCAUGGAUGCUUGAAGGAAAUAUGACACCUACAAAUAUAACAUUCAUCUCUGUCCUAUCUUCAUGUGCACACACUGGAAAAGUCGAGGAAGGAAAGAAGUAUUUUGGUUUAAUGACUGAUAAAUUUGGGAUAAAACCAGAGGCUGAGCACUAUAUAUGCAUGAUUGACCUUAUGGGCCGAGCAGGAAAGCUCGAAGAAGCAGAGAGACUAAUCGAAACAAUGCCAUAUAAUCCUGGUACAAUUGGUUGGGGCUCGUUACUAAGGUCAUGUCGAACACAUGGUAAUAUAGAGCUAGCGACAAAGGCAGCUAACCAGUGUGUUCAGCUGGAUCCGUCAAAUGCGGCACCAUAUGUCAUGCUUGCGCACAUGAAUGCUUGUCUUGGCAGAUGGGAAGAGGUAGCAUCAAUUAGAAAAAAGAUGCGAGAUAAUGGAGUCAGAAAGCAAGUGGGUUGUAGUUGGAUUGAGGUGGACAAGAGGAUCCACGUUUUUGUGGCAGAAGAUAGUUCUCAUCCUAUGAUGAAAUUGGUGUAUAAAUUCUGGGAAGAAAUGUCAAAGAAAAUGAAGCAAGAAGGGUAUACUCCUGAUUUGAGGUGGGCUCUGAUUAGAGAUGACGGAACUAGGCAGGAGGAGAAAGAGAGAAGCUUGUGGCAUCACAGCGAAAAACUGGCAGUUGCUUUUGGGCUUUUAUCGACCAAAGAUGGAAGAGUGAUUACAGUAAGGGAUUGCCACAGGUUUCAUUGCUUCAAGGGUGGGGCAUGUUCUUGUGGGGAUUACUGGUGAUAGCUGAUAAGUUUAUCAAUCAGAAUGCUAAUCCUAUUCCAGUCAAUUCAUGUGAUUGCCAUUGGCUAUGGAGAGUGAAGUUGUGAAUUUAUGCAGUGUACUUUGAGUUAGCAAGAUCGACCAAAUUUUUAGUUGUCGACAACAGAAAGAUGGACCUAAUAUUUUUCUUUAACCAAUUGAAGUUAUAAGGAAAAAAUUGUGAAGUACUUGAAAGAGUUCACAGAAUGCAGCUUUCCGGUCUUUUGGAUUGGAUUAUUGAGUCAUAAUUCAUUCUGAUCUUAUACGUUUAAUGCUCUACAUGAUCUUAGAUCAUGCUAAUCAUUUGCAACAUAUGUGCAUUAUGUGAGUAGGGGUAUGAAGAUGACAACCACUUGUUCAUUCACUGCAAGGUUAAUUACAAGGCAACGAUGGAAUGUGAUGUUACAUCUUAAAGAGGUGAACUGAUGCAUGCCUGAAACAGCAAAAGAAAUCCUAUAAAAGCUGGGGAAGUAAAUGAAGCAGCAAGAAGUUUAGUGUGUGCAACUCAGCCCCAGCAAGCAUAUGGUGGAUUGUACGGAGAGAAAGAAAUCAUAAAGCUUGAAGACGGUUGAAAAGCAACAAGGGUAGUUUUCUUGACCACGAAUGACUGAACAACAUGAAGAAAGUGAUGUAUAUAGCUUUGGAGUGGCACUGCUAGAGCUAUAUAUUUUACGUGAUGAUAUGCACUGCGUUGAAAUCUCAUUUUCUAAGAAUCUUUCUACGUAGGGGUACUUGGAUCCUGAAUAUUACAUGAGCCAACAGUUGACCGAGGAAAGUGAUGUAUAUAGCUUUGGAGUGGCACUGCUAGAGCUGAUAGCCGCAAGAACUCCAAUAGAACGAGGAGAACACAUAGUGAGACUGGUUGCGGAGGCCAUUUAUGAUUCAAAUGAUAAAAGCAAACUCUAUCAAUUAAUAGAACCAAGAAUAUGUUCAGGUUCAAAACUCAAAAGGGAUAGAUAGACUAUUUACAUUGGUUAUGAUAUGUGUACGUUAAUGAAUCCGGAGCUAAGAGGCUUUUGGGUUAAGCUGUGAAAGAAAUUGAAAAUAACAUUUAACUGGCCAGCUUGAGCAAGUAUACUAAAGAAGACCUGACUUCAACUAGUGUAAAUUAUUUUUAUUUCU